CAUUGUUCAUCAGUUAGUCGGGUCAGUUCAGUUUCUUACGGUCUUUUGACUUCUUUGGUUCCAAUAUCUCGAUGGCAGUUCGGUACAAGAAAGUGGCCCCCGAAGGAGGAUGGGGACUGUUAGUUGGCAUAGGAAUGGCCACUAUGUUCACCGUAUCUUUGGGCUCGCUGCCAUCGUUCGGAUUGAUGUUUGGUGAUUUUUUGACGAACCUUGGCGAGGAGACCAGUGCAAUAGCGUUGAUUACGAGCUGCUUCUUCAGUGCGCUGAGCUUUGCUGGACUUUUCACCAACACCCUGAUGAAGAAGACUUCCUGUCGGACGGUUGGACUGAUUGGGGCGGCUUCGUAUGUGGUCGGAAGCUUUAUGACCAUUUUCGUGAGGUCUACCAAUGAACUUCUGGUAUCGUUCAGUAUAUUUCAGGGAGCCGGUUUCGGACUGAUGAUUCCCGUUUCAUACACAACGUUCAAUGCAUAUUUCGUCCAGAAACGAGUGGUCAUGAUGAGCGUGUCACAGACAUUAAUUGGCCUUGGCACCAUGAUCUAUCCGAUUUUCAUACAAAAAACAAUGGAGGCCUUCGGUUUCCGAGGUUGUAUGGCAGUUCUUGCCGCUGUCAACAGUAAUACUCUAGUGGCAAUGCUGGUGAUGCAUCCUGUAGAAUGGCACAUGAAAAAAGUACAACUUACCGAGGAGGAGAUACAAAUGACUGCAACACCGAACGACGAGCCAACUGGAAAGGUUGUGUCGAAAAUCAUGAAAGGAUUAGAUAGAUCCCGACGAGCAUCAUCAAUCCCGGGACUAGGAAAUUGGUCUGGUCCGGUAGUAGUGAGUGAUACCACCGAACGAGACAAGAAACCGGCAACGAAAUGGCAAGUGUUGGUGGAUUUUUUGGACCUGACACUACUGAAGGAUCCAAUUUACGUUAACAUCGUUCUGGGCAUAUCGUUCGCUCUCUACUCGGAUCUGGCCUUCUUCACCCUGCAGCCGAUGUAUUUGUUCAUGAUAGGAUUUGGCAAACCGGAUGUUUCCCUAAUCAUUGCCAUCGGAGCCGGAGCGGAUUUGCUAUCGCGUGUAUUUCUGGCCAUUUCCAGCACAUGUUUGAACAUUAAGGCUCGCUACGUCUAUCUGGCCGGGGCGCUGUUCACUAUCCUGGCACGUUUCGCAUUUUUAUUCGUUUACGAUUUUUAUGGUAUGGCUACCAUAACGGCCAUAAUGGGAUUCCUUCGAACUUGGAUACACGUCCCACUGCCGUUGGUGUUUUCCGAGUAUUUGCCCACAGAAAGGUUUCCUUCCGGCUACGGGUUAUUUAUGUUUCUGCAGGGAAAUAUCACUUUUGCCGUAGGACCAUUUGUGGGCUACAUCCGUGACGUGACCGGAAGCUACUCGAUCUCCUUCCACUGUCUUACGCUGUUCAUGGCGCUCUGUGUGUUUCCGUGGUUGUUCGAGAUUGUCUAUCUGAGACUAAAGUCGAGAGCGCUGAAGGAAGCUGAUUUGCAGCUGCGAAAGGUCGCCAUCCCAAUCAAACUGGAAACAAUAGAAGAUGGCGAUAAGCGGUAGUCUUAUGAAAUAUAUGGGAAAAUUUGCCUAAA